AUUGUGCUGCGAUUGAAGCUUGGCCCAACGAACUCAGAGAACAACAAAGAUGGAAUCCGAAAAAGCAGUCUCGUCGUCACUCGACCCACUUGGACAGAUCAGCAAAGCGUCGAGCCAACUGAGCAGCCAACUGGCGGAGCUUCUGAGCAGCCAAACGAGCGAGCUAGUAGUCGACGGGGGGUCGAGAUCUACGGGAGGAGGGAUAUCGUUACUGGAGCUGAAGAACCAUCUCUUGACGAGCUAUCUGCACAACCUCACCAACCUCUUGAUCAUCCGACUCUCGCAAACCAGCCAUCCCUCGACCCUCGCAUUCGAGAAAAAGGAACUCGGAGAAUGGUCGAGCUCGAUCGUCCAGCAAUUGGUCUGGUUGCGUCUCGUCUUCGAACGCCUCAGACCCCUCGAAGCUCGCUUGAAAUACCAGAUCGAUAAGUUGCUCAAGACCGUCCUCGAACUCGACCAACAUUCUUUCUCGAAUACUGCUGCUGAGAUCGACCACGUCAUGAAUGAUCCGUUAUCGUUCAAGCCUAAUCCGGCCGCACUCGAAGCACCAACUGAUACACAACAGGAUCGGGAAGGAGCUCAGGAGGAGAGUACGUCAGGGGCGUAUGAACAACAGAAAGAAGAUCGAAGAUCGAAGGAAGUGUACCGCCCACCACGAGUAGCGCCGGUAGCGUAUCCGGAAGCUCCCACGAAGACGAAGCGGAUUGCGCCCGCGCCGGUAGCCCUACGGGAGCAUGUAUCAUUAGCGACGAUGGCGCCGCUACCGGAGUCGACGACCGGUCUUUCGAACACGGCCGCCAAGUCCUCCAACCGGGCCAAAGCGUUGGCCCGGAUGAACGAAUACGAGGAAGCUAACAUGACCCGACUGUUUAGCACGAAGAAAGACGCCAAGAGACGCAGGAACGACGAGGCUGCCGUCGCCCUCGGUAUCGAAACUUCCGCCGCUAGUAAAAAUCAUAAACGCAAACUCGGCGCUCUCGAGGGCGAAUUCGAUGGCGUCUUGUCGGAAAUCUCGAGGAAAUCUGAUCGCUAUUCUGAUCAUCUUGGCUCAUCCUCUAAACCUCAUAAUAAAAAUAAAAACUCUGAUCAUCAGUUUGGCUCCAAUCGUAAUAACAAUAAUCAAAAGUUUAAGAGGAAAGGCGCAUUCGAUAAAGCUCUUAAGAAGAUUUCUAAAUGAUUUGUUUUUUGGAUGUGAAUUUGUCUCUGCCUUCUUCUCUUCUUUCUUUCUUUUUGUUUGG